GUUCUCUCUCAUUCUCCACUUUCCUCUUCCUCUUCCUUAACCCGCCCAACGUGUGCAUCUCCAUCCCGCCACCUCUCUCCCCUCUGCAACAAACACACAAUCCUAGGAGAAACAAAACAGAGAAGACGAAGAAAUUUUCUGGAACUCAAUCUACAGAGAGAUGACAGUUCCGGGGAGUCAAAACCGAGGAACAACAACUCGGGUGAGAAGCAGGAAUAACCGAACAGAAAACAGUGUCCCGAAAAAAGUACCAUUAAGGAAGAUAUUUCGAGUAGCAUCAAUGGGAUGUGGGAUACAAUUUGGAUGGGCAUUACAAUUAUCACUAUUAACACCAUAUGUACAAGAAUUGGGGAUACCCCAUGCUUUUGCAAGUUUAGUAUGGUUGUGUGGUCCAUUAUCUGGUUUUUUAGUACAACCACUAGUUGGACACAUGAGUGAUCGUUGUACUAGUAAAUUUGGUAGAAGGAAACCAUUUAUAGUAGCUGGAGCUAUUUCAAUCAUAUUGGCUGUUUUGGUUAUUGGUCAUUCUGCUGAUAUUGGUGGUUUGCUUGGUGAUACUAAUCAAUCAAGACCUAGAGCUAUUAUUGCUUUUGUCUUAGGGUUCUGGUUGCUUGAUGUUGCUAAUAAUAUGACUCAAGGUCCUUGUCGUGCUCUUCUCGCAGAUCUUACUGGGAAGGAUCAAAGAAGGAGUCGCAUAGCAAAUGCACAUUUCUCACUCUUCAUGGCUGUGGGUAACAUCCUUGGGUUUGCCACCGGAUCCUACAGUGGCUGGUUCAGAAUUUUCCCCUUCACCAUCACCUCCUCAUGCAGCGUUAACUGUGCCAAUCUCAAGUCUGCAUUCUUUCUUGAUAUUGCUUUUAUGGUCAUAACAACUUAUGUGAGCAUUUCGGCAGCCCAAGAAGUGCCUUUACCUUCCAACAGAUCCACAAACUCUGAAAAUGAAAGACUUGAUUUGUCCGAUAGCGUCCAAGAACCAUUUAUUGGGGAAUUAUUUCAUACAUUUACAUAUCUGACGGGACCUAUAUGGAUAAUCCUGCUCGUUACCUCUCUUACAUGGGUUGGAUGGUUCCCAUUUCUUCUAUUUGAUACUGAUUGGAUGGGUCGGGAAAUUUACAAAGGGAUUCCCAAUGAAGGGCAGAACUAUCAUACAGGAGUAAGCAUGGGAGCAUUUGGCCUGAUGUUGAAUUCUGUGGUUAUUGGAGUAACUUCUGUUGUGAUGGAGAAAGUUUGCAAGAAGUGGGGCGGUGGUUUUGUCUGGGGUGUAUCAAACAUUCUGAUGUCAUUUUGCUUUGUAGCAAUGCUUAUAAUAUCAUUUGUGGCUAAGAAUAUGGACUUCUCUGCUCAUGAUCUUCCUCCUGGUGGCAUCGUAAUUGCCUCACUAGUUGUUUUUACAAUCCUUGGUGCUCCACUAGCAGUAACCUACAGUGUUCCUUAUGCUAUGAUUGCUACCCGUACGGAGGCUUUAGGACUAGGCCAGGGUUUAUCAAUGGGUGUCCUGAAUAUAGCUAUUGUGAUUCCGCAGGUGAUUGUAUCCUUAGGAAGUGGACCAUGGGAUCAACUAUUUGGUGGGGGGAACUCACCGGCUUUUGCUGUAGGAGCAAUUGCAGCCUUUGCCAGUGGACUAGUAGCUAUACUGGCUCUUCCACGAUCUUAUACUGGCAAGCCCAGGAUCAUCCACGUAUAAGGUAUUACUAUUGUAUAUUUUGUUUACACCCACAGUUACCCAAAUAGCUAGCAAAACACAAAACAAGAAAAGAAGAGGAACAGAAGAUCUGUACAUGGUGUUUGUUACUUUUCUUCAGUAUCUAAACCCACUUCUCUUCUUUCUGAAAAUUCAUUUGAUGUCUAGAAGAAGAAAAUCACUUAGGUCUUCUUCUAGUUGUUGUUUGUAACUUUUGGUAUGAGCAUCUCUAUCAGCUUGUACUCCAAAAAAAGUAUAACGCAGGUGUGAAAUUUUGUGUAUCUUUUUGAGGCGUUAUUACAAUAUAUAUCAUUGAGCAUUUUUAGCAGAA